CUGCCAUCAGAAAGCUAAAGUGACAGCUCAAAAGGCUUUAAGGACACUCCCUUGCACAGUCAGCACUUGGGAUUAAAAGAUCACAAAAAAGCAUGUAGGGUGUUGGUUAGGAUUGUAUGACUAAAAGGCUGUUUCAACUAAUCAAGAAAUCUUCUUUUUUACUUUGGUCCCAUUUUAGAUUUUCCUCAGAUUUCCUGUCUUUUUUUCUUCAAAGAAAUUUUCAAGAACACAUUUGCUCUACCUCCAUCUAUAAUGUUUCACCUUAAUACUGCAAAAAUGAUCUCAUUUGUUUGAAGAUCUACAUUUAAUGGGAAUAUAGAGAAUGAGUUUCAAAUGUUAGGAAAUUUGUGGUGAGAUAUUAUCUUUAUUAAUGUGAUUUUUGGAGAAUUUAAACUAGAGGAAGAAAUGGGCUCACAAUACCUUUUCUUAAAAGCAAUCAGACAUAUCUUUUCUUCUUAUAUCUUUCCUUAACAUAUAAUAUUAUAUCAUGUUGGAUCAUUUUGUGUGCCUUUGUCAAUGGGGUUGAGCCAUGGAUGACUCAUACAAUGAAAAGUCGAGAUUCACCAACCUCACAUAUCCUUUUAUAUAUACUGGCACAAUACAAGUUUUAUCAACCACAGCAUCUUACCUCUCUCUACCUUUCUCACAGCAAAGCGCAUUCUGUUCUUCCAGAAAUCCACACAGAAUUUUCUAGGGAAAAAGCAAGAAGUGAAUCUUCUUCACUCCUUAAUCAAAUAUGAAGAAUUUGUCUCAGGAACAGGUUAUUGGAGUCCCAAUCAUAUCAGCAGCAAAACCAGUUCAGAAAAUGCCAAGACUUUUACUUGAAAAUGAUUCGGAAUGCUAUGUUCCAACUCCUGCAAAUAAAUCUCUCACGAUCAAGCAAGAUAAACUAGACUCGGUGCUUAAAAGAAUGAACAAGCUAGGUAAAAAGGCUGACAAAUUUGCUCAUGGAAUCAGAGAGCACGUCAGACUGGGAAGCAAGAUUACUGAAACUUUGAAGGGGAAGCUCAGCAUGGGAGCUAGAAUUCUUCAAGUAGGAGGAGUGAAGAAAGUUUUUAGACAGUUAUUCACUGUUAGAGAAGGAGAGAAAUUGUUAAAGGCUUGUCAAUGUUAUUUGUCAACAACAGCAGGCCCUAUCGCAGGAAUGCUCUUUAUGUCUACUGACAAGAUAGCCUUUUGCAGUGAGAGAUCAAUUAAGUUUUCUUCUCCAGAAGGAAAAGUGGCUAGAGUCCAUUACAAGGUCUUGAUUCCACUAAGAAAGAUAAAGACGGCAAACCAAAGUGAAAAUGUGAAGAAGCCAUCACAAAAAUACAUAGAAAUAGUGACUGUUGAUGACUUCGAUUUCUGGUUUAUGGGUUUCUUAAAUUAUCAGAAAGCUUUGAAGUGUCUUCAGCAAGCAAUUUCUCAAGCUUGGAUGUAUACAAGUCACCCAAAUGUGAUCUAAAGAAAGCUUAUGCUUCUUUUCUUCAUCAAAUGUAACUAAACAGCCUGAUGACAUGUCAACAUAAUUAGUUGACCACAAAAAUUGUACAUAAGUUUUUAUGAAUGAGAAUGGUUCAUGAUUUAUCUGAAGAAUGAUCUUCAUAUA